UUUUUAGUACCCAUAAAAAUAUAAAACCUCCCGAAGUAAAGAAAUUUGGCGACGCUGUCAAUUCACAAAUUCAAGCAGAAGCUUUUGGAAUUAGAAGCUAUUUCAAAAUAGCACUUUCAAAUGCAUAAUAAGAAAGAAGCGUGCAGAAACUUUCAGCGCGGCAGCUGUCAGUAUGGUGAAAGGUGCAAAUUUCUUCAUGUGAUUCAGCAACAGCCAAAGUCUAAUGCAUUUGGAUUUGGCACACAAGCUAUCUCACACCAACAACAAAAGCCGAACCCAUUCGGUUUUGGUGUCCAGAACAAUGCUCAGUCAAAAGGGGCCAAUGAUUUUGGAAAUAAACAGAGCCAGUUCAAGAAUACAUGGACCCGAUCUUCUGCAAGCAGUGGUGCCCCUUCAUUGCGGCAGCCUGACAAUCAGCCUCAGGCAACAAACCAUAGAUGCAAUGAUCCUGAGUCCUGCAAACGUAUUAUUGCUGAAGAUUUUGAGCACGAGAGACCCUUGUGGAAGCUUACAUGCUACAGCCAUUGGAAAAAUUCCCCUUGCGAUAUUGUCGGUGAUGUCAGCUAUGAAGAAUUGCGGGCAGCAGCUUAUGAUGAUGCAAAACGUGGGUUAAGCUUGCAAUCUAUUAUUGAGCGAGAGAGGAAUUUACUGAAUUCAAAGUUAGUUGAGUUUGAAAACUUUCUUCGUAAUCCCUAUAGGGGACCUGCUGGCUCUGCUGCGGCACAACAAAUUCCAUUUCCGGGAGCCACUACAACUGUCCUUUCUCCCACUACUCAAAAUACUGUCGCUCCUCAAAGCAAUGUCCCUCCGUCAGUCUCCAGUUUUAGUCAGCUGGGAGCUUCACUUAAUACAGGAUUCUCACCGGGGCCUUCUGUACAGUCAAAUAAUGCCUCUGGGCAACCAACUUCUUUCUCAAAUUCAGCCCAAUCUUCAAAUGUAUUUUCAGCAAACAAUGUUCCAUCGGCCAAUGCCUUUUCAUUUGGUAACCAGCAACCUAACCAGUCAGUAGUAGCUUCCUUCCCCACAAAUAUGGCCAACUUCAGCAACAGUAGUGCCACUAAUCCUGCCAUUAAUCAAUUUUCUGCCGCAGCAAUAUCAACGCAAAACUUCAGCUCAUCCAGCAUACAGUCUCCUGCUUUCUUGAAUGUCUCGCUCUCAAAUUCUGAAGUGGUUGGACGAGAAGCUACAAAUGUUCAGUUAGGAAAUAACUUGCCAACAACGGUUGCUUCUGGGGACUCAAAUAUUUGGUUAAAAGAGAAAUGGACUCCUGGAGAGAUUCCUGAAGAAGCUCCUCCAGAUGCUUAUGUUUAGCUGUGGGAUUCACGUCAGAAGGAUUACAUGUUAUCUGAAUGGCUUGAUCAUUCUACUGAAAAUUCUUUGUUUUUAGUAGGAAAUUGAUGUGUGGAUGAACUGUAAAGGAUAAGAGGACUUUUAAAUUCUAAUUGAUUUUGUGUGUAACACAAUCCCUGAGCUGCCAGCAAAAGUAGUUGCUAUAAAUGGUUUCUAUGAUGAGGACUCAACAUUUCAUCAAUUCUAGCAAUUCCUCUUCAAUUUUCUACUUUGAUAUCAAA